UGUUCGACUCAUGCUACUUAUGGACGAUCAUAAAUUUCAUUUAUUAUAUAUAUAAUACCGUAUACGCGUUCCACAACCCGCAUCGACAAUACUAGCUGUAAAUUAUAAAACAAUCUAGAUACAUAUCUGCAUAACUUACAUUAAAAAUAAUUUCGCGUAGAUACGGGACUAAGUAAGCCAGAUUACUUUAGUAUUUCUUAUCAUUCAGAGUCGAACGAUUGAUCAGUCAACAUGAAGGUUUUCGUGUUAUUAUUUAUGAUAAUAUGUUCGAGUACAGCAAAGCAACUUGUAAGUCUAGAUGAAAGCCAAACAUUAUUUAAAAAGUAUAUGUUAAAUCAGUUAAACGAAACCGAAGAAGCUUCGUUAAAUGCAAUAUUUGACAUAUUCUAUAGACCUGAACCUAUAACAAGUAGAUCGCUUGAAAAUCGUAGUGCUGCUAGACUGAGUAUUGAUUGUAUAGUAUGUAGAAAUGCUAUUGGUGCAUUUUUUCAAAUAAUACAAGAAGGCCAAACUGAAGAAGAAGCUACGGAUGUUAUAACAACGUUGUGCACGUCGUUAGGCAUUGAAAAUUAUAAUGUCUGCAGAGGAGCUGUUGCAUUGAAUAUACCGAUCUUCGCCCAUAUCAUUAGAAAUGUCCCCGAAGCAACGCCACAAACCUUUUGUGGCUUAGUGUUCCAAACAGCAACUGAUAGUAAUUUUUGUCCUAUAACUGAUCCACGAUUUGAAUGGGAAGUCCAAUUGCCCGACCGACCCGAGUCAGUUAAUACACCACAAAUCGACCCAAGACCAUUAAGAGUAGCCGUGAUCACGGAUGUACACCUUGACCCACUCUAUGAGGCUAACGGUGUUGCAAAUUGUGAUGAACCAGUAUGCUGCAGGUUUGGCCAAUCGCCUGCUCAAAAUUAUAUUUACCGAUCUAAUGUGGACGAGUCUCUUUAUGACCGAAGUAUUGUAGACGUGGAUGGCAAUGUAAUGCUAAAUUUAAGUGUAGCAUCAGACAUUAGGCAACAAAGAAUGUUAUCACAAACAAGACACGCAAAUACUAGAGAUACAUCUCCAGCCGGUUAUUGGGGUGAUUAUAGAGACUGUGAUACACCUUUGUGGGCAUAUGACGAUGUCAUUGAGACCAUAGCAGAGACCCAUAGAGGUGUAGAUAUUAUAUAUUACAUUGGAGAUACAAUUGAUCACGGUGUUUGGGAAACAUCGUACGAGCUGAUCAAUAAUAUGAAUUUGUAUUUAAUAGAUAAAAUAAGGAAAACUUUUGGUGACGACGUUUUAGUCGUACCUGUUAUUGGUAAUCAUGAAGCCCAACCUACAAACCAAUUCGCACCUUCAUAUAUCACGGGUGAGAAGUUAAAUACGACAUGGCUUUAUGAAGCCUUAGCAAAUAAAUGGGAUCAUUAUUUAACCGAGGACGCGAAAGUAACAUUGCUUGAUCGCGGUGACUUCUCAAUAGUGGCUAGACCAGGACUCAGAGUUAUUUCGCUAAAUAAUAAUGUGGCAUACAGAUUCAAUUGGUGGUUAGCAUGCGAUCCCGCGGAUUCCAAGAAACACUUGGAUUGGUUAGUUGACGAGCUGCACAAAGCUGAACUAGCUGGCGAGAAAGUACAUAUAUUGACACACCUUCCAGCUGGAGUAAAUGACCUUAUUUAUACUUGGACAAGAGAGUAUAAUAAAAUCAUUAACAGAUUCUCAGCAACAAUUACAGCUGAAUUCAAUGGACAUGUCCACUCAGACGAAUUUAAAGUAUUCUACAGUUUAACUGAUGGCACACCUAUAAAUGUGGCAUGGGGCGGCGGUAGUGCUACUACUUACAGUGACUACAAUCUAAAUUAUAAAAUAAUCGAUUUCGAUUCGACAACUUUCUUACCCGAAAACAUCGUGAAUUAUAUCUACAAUAUAACAGAAGCUAAUCUAACACCGCACCUCCGCCCGCAUUGGUUCCAACUUUAUGACAUGCGAACUUCAUUUGGAAUCACAGACCUAUCAGCGGCUUCAAUCAGUGAUUUAGUUUAUAGGAUGCCCGUUGAAACUAGACUCUUAGAUUUAUAUAUAGCUUUUUAUUCUAAAUUAAGUGACAAUAGGUGGCCAUUUUGUAACACUGAAUGUAAACUUAAUAAUCUUUGUAAAAUAGUAGUCACAGUGCUUUGGGAACGAGAAAGAUGUGAGGAACUGAGGAACUUAUAUUAUUCAACCAACUGAUUACUUUUUGUAUAUUCAAAUAAAAACUGUUUAAAUAAAUAGGCUUUAAAUUUAUUUAUCAACACUAACAAUGACCUAUAUCUUAUACA